GGAGAGAGUAAUACUAUUAUUUUCAUUCAACAUUGAAUACUUUUCUAGUGAAUGGCCAAACAGCCUUUAAUGGUCGACCCGCGUAGCUAUUUCUAGUGACUUGUGAAUGUGAAUCAUCACGAUCAUGAAGGCUAGAUUGGUAGUGUUUCCAAUCAGGGGAAGGAACUGGUGUUUCAGCCAAACGAUCGAGUCGUUGCAAUCUGAAGCUCAUUCGUCGAAUACUCCUUCUACAUUCAAAGACCUAUGGAAGAAGAUUUCGUCCAAUUCCAAGCAUAACUCCUUCAACUCUAAUCUCGAAGCCGUCGUUGAUUUCGCCUCCAAUAAGAUGAACAAAGCUUGGAGUAAUUUGGAAAAAGCGCCUGCAGGAAGUUUAAAGAACAAAAUUCAUGGGCUAGGGUUACGGCUUCUCUCUCGUGUUAAGCCUUCGGAGAUCUUUUUGAAAUCCAUUCCUAAGGAGGUAACGCGUGUCGACAUCACCUAUCCCUCAAGUUUAAAUGGACGGCUCGUUCGACGGAGGCUACGUCAUAUUGCCAUGAGGGGGAGUAUCAUCCAUAAGAAGUACUUCUAUGGAUCAGUUACAUUGCUUCCACUGACAUCAUUUUUCAUGGUGCUACCCUUGCCUAAUAUACCUUUCUUUUGGGUCUUAUUUCGGACAUAUUCUCACUGGAGAGCUCUUCAGGGGAGUGAAAACCUUCUUCAGUUAGUUACAAACAACUCCGAUCAGCAGAAGUCAGAGAAAGGAACAACAGACAAGACAAAUAUAAAAGAUGACCCUCAGAGAACAAAAGGCUGCAGUAGUCCACCAUGGGUAUUAAAGCCAUCAGAAGACCUUCAAAAGCUUAUUCGAUCUGGAGAAGCUAAUGAUGGUCUAAGUGAGCCGACAAUAUCUGAUAUCUGCAAGAGAUUUAACUUGAUUACGAUGGAUGUUGUUAAGUACAAACACACACUGUAGCUGCUGACUUUUACCAACUGCUGCAAGUCAUUUCAUAUCAAUCUUAAAAGAAUAGGUCAUGAGAAUUUGAUUGCUUGAAGCCGCUUCCCAGACCCCGUAAGACUGAGGAACCAAGAGUAUUCCUAGCAAUCUUUGCAACUACUUCAGGAGUACUCAACAAAAUGCUUUUCUUCUGUAUUUUCGAUGAAUGCUGGGAAGCUGCCCUGGUUCAAUUAGUUCUGCCUCUGCAUUUGUUCCCUUGUGACAUCCCAGAAUUGGCAUGACAAAAAUGAAAAAAAUUAGGAUAAAAUCUCUGCAUCCAUUGCCACUAACAAACAUGUUACCUAUAAGUUUCCUUGAUUCAAUUGUGUUUCCUGCAGUAAUAUCUUCCUAGGCAGUGAACUGGAAAGAUGUAUCACUUCAUUUUGUUUUAGCGGUUGCAAAGAAACAAUUUGACAUUUGGUUAAUGUUGACAAACUUUAGAUCUGCA